AUGCUCAACACCGAUUUCUAUCUGGCAAGGUGGUGGCGUGCUUACGGCGGAGAUUUGAAUCGUAUUAAAAAAAAUAUGAACGAUUUGUUUGAACAUCGGCGAGCUCUUGGUUACGACAAUAUUGAAACUGAGCUACUGCAAACAAAACUGGAAAUCAACAGGCUAACAUAUGAAGUAAAUAAUUAUGUUUGGUUUUUCAAGCUUUCAUUACUUUUGUAA